GCGAAGUCCAGCUUCACACACUGUUGCAUGUCGCAUGCGUGGGCGGUAUGAGCCAUGUUGUUGCACCUCCUGGAGCCUCCAAAGUUUUCGUGAUCCUUCUUGCCUGCAGUAAGCAGGCCUCAGAAACUCAGGCAAAGUUCAAGGACCGCAACUGCUGGCACUCUGCGCAGCGACAAAAUGAAGGUGCUCGAUCCUCAGUCGGCCAUACUUACAAACUCGGAAGUCCAUCGCUUCCUUGCGAGCAAUCCGCCGCGAGAGACGGCCAAGAAGGUCGGGUCCUACCAGCCUGUGAAUCUCAAGAACUACCAGCGAGUCCGGGACGAUCUCCAACACUAUGUCACAACCACCGUACCAUAUAUUGAGACCUUCCCACCUCCCGAGACUUUUGUCAAAGCGGUAGUACCAAGACUUCGGUCAUUAGGUGUCACGAAAACCGAGGCUCUUGUCCUGAUCAACCUAGGAGUUGGACUGCCUAGGAAUCAGCCUGCUGAAAAAGAGGCAGAAACAAAUGGAGACGCUGAAGAACCAAACGAAGAAGGAGCAGAAGAUGCUCAAGAGGAGCCAGAUGACCGACAACUCUUAUCCUUGGUGAUCGAAGAAGUUGACGACAGGUUCUCUGGUGAGCAAGGCGAGGAUAAAAUCCAGAAAGUCAUAGAGACAAUGCGCUCAGAGUUCGACAAGGCCAAAGCGACAACGAAUGGAACAAAUGGCUCCAAGGCAUCGUGAACUUGGAAAUCUACCUGGCUCUGUUCUCUGAAAAAAGUCACAUUUAUGGUGGCUGCGGUCCAUCAUUACUGUUCCCGCAGGUCAUGACCGGACCGGUCCCAUCAUGGAAGCGACACGCUCAUUCUCCAGUGCCGGAUCCUCAUCUACUCAUUCUGGCAACAUUGGGCAAG